AUGGCAAGGCCUUUUUUUACCUACUGGAUCACUUUUGUCCAUCUGCUCAUCACCAUCCUGGCCGUCACCAUCUACGGCAUCGCCCCUGUGGGAUUCUCACAGCAUGAAACUGUCGACUCUGUUUUGAGGAACAAGGGAGUGUAUGAGAACGUUAAGUUUGUGCAACAACAAAACUUCUGGGUGGGUCCGAGCUCAGAGGCGCUGAUCCACCUGGGAGCAAAGUUUUCUCCGUGCAUGCGUCAAGACGAAGAGAUCCACAAACUGAUCCAGGAGAAGAGAUCCAGAGAGGGGGAGUCGGGCUGCUGCGUGAGGAACGAUCGCUCCGGCUGCCUGCAGACCUCACAGGAGGACUGCUCGGUCUGUCACCAUUUCACUCUCUAAAGAUCACAGCCGUCUGACGCUAGAUAGAGUAGUCACCACCAGAGAUGGCAAAGUACACACAUCCUUUCCUCAAGUAGAAGUACAGAUACUCGUGU